AUGGUGGCGGCGACGAGAUCACAAACCAAGGAUGCGCCUGGGGCCGCGCAAACAGCUUCAUCAUCCCUGCUGGUCAACCCAACUGUUCAAGAAAACUGGCCCGCUAAUCCGACGACGACGGCAGAGUUCAAUGCAUGGAUGGCUGAGACCAAGGCAGCGUUAGAAAAAUGGUUGAGAGAAGCCACGGCCGCGGCCAAAGACCCGGCGAUCGAAGAGACCAUCGACAACUACAACAAAGAAGCGCUGGAGAGAUGGCAACCUUUCGAACGACAAACGGACGUAGAAACAGGCAUCAUCCAUGAUGCAGCGCAGCAAGCGGCGAUGAAGAGAGCCGUAUUGCGCGAAAGGAGAACGCGCGAGAGUAUACACGACGAGCACAGGACAUGGCGAAAGUUCGUCGAGUACCGAUACGCACAGUCUGCUUGGGAAGACUUCCUAUACUACCAGAAUGUAUGGAAUAGACGAGGACACGAUCCCUGGAAGAUAUACAGCGUAACAGCUGCCGAGCAAAGAUAUCAAGAAGCACUAGGAUCGCUCAGCGCGAAAGCUCGACAGGACCUGCAAGAUCUAGACUCCGACGAAGCUACAGUAGGAAGACCACCGAAAAACCACCAGCCCCAGGAUCCAAAGACUCACAAGCCCGGUACCAACAACCAGAACAAGCUCGACCGAACGAAAAUCAACGCCUACACCGACGCCUUCCACGACCCUUACAUGGUAUGGCUAAAACACAUGAUCGAUCUGUACAAAAGUGCGUGUCUCGGAUAUCGAAAGCGUAUAUCCGGCGUUGUGGCUCCGGAGAAUGCGCAUCGGUAUAGCCAGCCGCCUCGUGGUACUACACCGACAAGUACGCCGCGCUAUCACCACCGCCAUCGUCACAUUGAAGAAAAGUUUCCGCGUGUGAGACGGCAGCAGAUAGAUAGGGCUGAAGAGGAAGAGGGGUAUCGGACGAAGGCGCAGAGAAGCCGGGAUAUGCGGCUCGCAAGGAGGGGUAGGAUGGAAAAGAUUACAUGGGGUAUUGACGAGAAGGCGUAUGAGAAAAUGAGAGCCGAGAAGGAGAAGGAAUUCAGCCGGAACCCUCUCACUAUUAACUUACUACCAGAAGGUCACCAACCCCACCACGGCAGUCUAGAAACAAGUUUCAACUUUCCCACAUCCUUCGACUCCCCCGUCGCCACUAUUCUCAAGACCACAAAAAGAAGAGACUUCGUCUACGAACCUCUCAGCGACCCCUCAUCCCCCAAAAGCCGAAAAACGUUCUUGGGCUACAAGAAAGACGAAAAAGGAGCGCGUAUCAAAAAAAUCGACAAAAGACCACACUACCAGCGCGAAAUCCACAUGCGCGAAGGCCUCGUAUUCGAACACCAGAUGCGUGACGAUGGAACGGUAGAAGGACGAGACCGCAACGGCGAAUGGAUUGGAGAUUGGGUACCGGGUCAGAUCGCUACGCCUGUUUGGGUUUACGAUGAUGACGGUAACCGUAUCCUUUUACCACCGCGGUAUGAAUCGAGGAAUAGAUUUUCUGCUUUCCUGGUCAAGGAAUCGCAUGUUAGGGAGACGCGGCGCCAGCGACAGCGAGGGGCAGGACGGGAGUAUGAGUUAUCGGGUGAUGAGGAUGAGGGAUGUGUAUCCUCGAAUGCCAAUUUCUCGAGAUCGGGGAAUGUUAAUCCGGAGUUGUUGGGAAAUCCUUGGGCGUACAACCUCGAUAGUGACGGAGAAGGGGAGGGUGUUGGUCGUCCUAGUGACAGCGAUGACGAUGAUAGUGACGAUGAGGGGGAUUUGUUUGCGGAGUCGUAUAGAGAGUGUUCGGAGAGCCCUGCGACGAGACAAGCGCGGUUGUUGUUGGAGGAUCUGCGGGAGAGGUUUGGUGUGCUUGAGAACUGGACUGUGGAAAGUGUUAGGGGGUUGCAACUGCAUGGUGAUGAUGGUUCUCUGGUUGUUGGAGAUGAGGAGAUUAUAGAUUGGUAUAAGAGCGAUGCGGAGGGGUCGUAG